GUAUUUUAUUAAUCUGUAAAUAAAAAAAAAAUAUGAAUUUGUAAUGUUCAUCAUUAUUUCGACGACGACGAAAUGGUCAAAAUUUGGCGAUUUGUAUUCGCUCGAAUACACAAGAAUAAAACAUUUAUUUGUCGUCUGAUAACAAUUUUGACAAUUAUAUGUUAUUUUACUAUUUGGAAAAAAUUUUAUCUAACUAAUAAUGAAUUACAUUCCAAUAAAAUUAAACCCUUAAAAUAUGGUGAUUUAUAUGAAAAAUUGAAUCCAGUUAUUCAAUCGUGGGGACAAAAUGGUCACGGUGUUCAAUUGAGCCCGGAGGAAAAGAAAUUAUCGGAAAAAACAUUUUCAUCAGCAGCUUUUAAUGUUUACAUUAGUGAUCGUCUCAGUCCUAACAGAUCUUUACCUGAUCCCAGACCUUUUGAAUGUGCUCAAGUUCAUUACGAUAUUGAUGAUUUAGGUGAUGUGUCCGUAAUAAUAAUAUUUACAAAUGAAAUUUGGUCAGCAUUGAUUCGCACAAUUUGGUCUGUAGUUAAUCGUACACCAAAAAUUUUACUUAAAGAAAUCAUUUUAGUUGAUGAUUUCAGUGAUAAAUUUGAAUUAUCUGAACCAUUACAACAAUACGUAGAUUAUCAUUUCAAAAGUUUAGUCAAAAUUAUCCGGUUGCCAAAACGUGAAGGUUUAAUUCGUGCUCGACUUGUUGGUGCACGACAAGCAAAAGGUGAUGUACUUCUUUUCUUAGAUUCUCAUUGUGAAGCCACUAAUGGAUGGUUAGAACCAUUAAUGAAAGUGAUCAAAGAUGAUCGAACUAAUGUUGUUUGUCCAGUGAUUGAUAUAAUUUCCGAUCAAGAUCUUGAAUAUGUUUCUGGAAAUCGUUAUUAUUUUCAAGUUGGUGGUUUUAUUUGGUCUGGUCAUUUUAUCUGGAUCGAUACGGACGAAAUGAGCUUGAAAAAUAAUCCAACCAAAGUGGUUAAAACACCAACAAUGGCUGGUGGAUUGUUUGCCAUAAAUAGAGAAUAUUUUUUUCAAAUCGGUGCCUAUGAUGAACAGAUGGAAAUAUGGGGUGGUGAAAAUCUUGAACUAUCAUUCCGUCUUUGGCAAUGUGGUGGAAAACUUUAUAUUCAUCCUUGUAGCCAUGUUGGCCAUAUAUUUCGUGAUUAUCAUCCAUAUUCAUUUCUUGGUAAAGAUAGCCAUGGAAUGAAUACAUUACGUACAGCAUUAGUUUGGAUGGAUGAUUAUGUUAAAUAUUUUUUUGUACAUCGUAAAGAUCUUAAAGAAAAAAUCAAUAAAAUUGAUGUUUCAUCUAGAAUUGAACUUCGUAAAAGAUUAAAUUGUAAAUCAUUUCAAUGGUAUUUGGAAAAUAUUUAUACCGAAAAGAAAUAUAUCUAUGAUCAAGAUGUUAUUGCAUAUGGUACUGUUCGUAAUCCAAUUACCAAUUUAUGUUUGGAUAAUCUUAACAAGGCUGAAGAAAAAAAACAUGAAAUGGGUGUCUAUGAAUGUAUGGAUGUACCAUUGGAUGAAUGGACAAAUCAAAUGUUUAGUUUUAUGAAAAAUGGCUAUAUAAGACGUGAAGAAGGAUGUUUAACUAUUGAUGAAUAUGCUACACAUCGUGUUUUAUUAACAAAAUGCCCUGGUAAACAUUCAAACAAAAAUAAACGAAAACAAAUGAUUCAGAAAAAAAUGCAAACAUGGCUACAUACUAAAGGUGGACAAAUUCGUAAUGAACAUUUUAACCUAUGUUUAACAACCGAAGGUUUAAGAAGUUCAGAUAAUCUUCGUGUUGUUGAUUGUAAUCCAGAUGAUCUUUAUCAAAUAUGGUGGUUUCAAAAAUAUGAAGAUAUUCAAUUAUAAUAUUCAUUCAUACAGCUAAUUAUUAUUUUUUGUUUCUGUGAUAUGAUUAU